AUUCCCACAAAUUCAGUCUCAACUCAUUCUAUUCUCAAUUUCAGCUUCAAUAUGACACAUCCCGUUAUGCUGCUUGAACUUCUAAUAGUAGCAUACUUCAGUGGAUCUCAAGCUACAAAUGACUUCUCACAGUACUGGGAAGAUCAUAUUGGCCUUCCACAUCCUCCAUAUUGGUUGGCGGCAAAGGCUUCCCCAUUAAGCCCCCAUCAAGUGAAAAUAUUUAUGAAACUUAUGGAGGAAAAUGAAUUUUCUUCCCACCUUCAUUUGUUUUGUAAUCUAGCUAAUGUUGCUUGUUCUUCAAAUGCACUAGUAAAGAAGGCAACGAACAACACAUCCUUACCACCACUAGCCCAGUGGAAUGCUUUCAAAGUAGAAUAUGAUAAAGUUCCAAAGGAAAUACCUAUGUCGAUUGCCCGCCAAGGGGGAUUGCCAUAUUUCCGGCAAUCAAUGGUGAAAGAGGGAGGUUUCAUUCCCAUCCCUGACCUAAGGGACCCAACAUCAUAUAAAUCUUUCUUGCCGCGAUCUUUGGCAUCGAAAAUCCCAUUUUCCAUUGCCCGAAUUGAGGAAUUAAAGAAGCUUUUUUGUGUGAUGGAUGGAUCAAUUAUGGAUGAGCAUAUUCAAGACACCCUUGAGACAUGUGAGGAUAGCGGCCCCAUUCAAGGCCUGCAGAGCACUUGUGCGAUUUCAGCCGAGGAUCUCAUCGAUUUUGUUGUGGAAAAAUUAGGACACCAUGUAUCCUUAUGGAGUACUGAGAGCGUUGAAGGAUCUUAUGAGAAUGUCAUAAUUGGAGCUAUGAAACUCAUCCAUGGAAACCUCUCUGAAUCACCGGCCUUAUGUCAUAGUAUGCCAUUUCUAUUUCAAGUUUAUUACUGCCAUGUUUUACAGGAAGUUAAAGUAUACUCAGUUGAUAUACAUGCGCAGAAGAAACUAAAUCAUGCAAUCAUGGCAUGCCACUAUGAUACAUCAACUUGGAAUCAAAACCAUAUUGCUUUUAAGCUUCUGGGUUUUGGCCCAGGCCUAAUUGAAGUCUGCCAUUGGAUAAGCGAGAAUGGAGUGAUUUGGACAAAGACUCUAGGUUGAACAACAUUUGAAGAUUGCACUAUAAGCGAGAAUCAAGAAGUUUGGACAAAGACUCUUGGUUGAACAACAUUAAAAGAUUGUACCGUCUUCCAAUUCUCUUAUCUGCAUUUUAUUAUAGUGGUUAUAUGCUAUUUGAAGCAUAAAUAAUGAUCUGUUUUUGCUUCCUGCAAA